GAUGUUUUUGAGCGCUGACACUUCUGGUCCACAUGUGAACGCUGUGUCGUGAUUUGAACAGUGACAGUAAACUGCACCUGUCUGCACCUGUCUGCUCCUGUCUGCACCUGUCUGCACCUGUCUGCUCGUGUUAACCAGGUAAACGUUGUUUGGACACUUCGCUGUGGACAUGAAGCUACUCACGCACAACAUGUUGACCUCUCACGUGAAGGGAGUCACGAAAGGAUACCCGCUGCUCAUCAAGGCGACAGAGGUGAAGAUGAAUGAGGUGGAGUUCAACCCCCAGUUUGUCAGCAGGAUGAUCCCCAAACUGGAGUGGAGCGCUCUGGUCCAGGCUGCAGAGGAGCUGGGUCAACGGCAAGACCUGCCGGGCGAGCUGGUGUCAGAUUAUGAGAAAAAUGAAGAUUUCCUGAAGAAAGUGCACAGAGUGUUAUUAGAGGUGGAGGUGAUAGAGGGCUGCCUGCAGUGUCCUGAAUCGGGACGAGAGUUCCCGAUCUCCAGAGGAAUCCCCAACAUGCUGCUGAAUGAAGACGAGGUGUAGACGGCACCAGACACAACCCGAGAUGGGAUUGUGGGUAGUCAGAGAGGGAGAGAGAGGCCGCACUCAGAUUUAAGUUGGUGCCAUGUGAAAAGUGGCCCUGCUGUUCAGUUGAUUGAAGUGGCUUCCAACGGAGGAAAAAGAUUUGAGGAAUAACAGAUGGAAAUGUUCCCUGAGCGUAACCCCCAGUGGUUUUUAAUCUGUAUUUAUUUUUGUGACUGUUUUUUUUUUUUUCUUUUUCAAUAAAACUGUCCUGAUUUCCAUGACGGCCAAAA